AUGCAGCAUUCACCCCGGACACACCAUGUGGCCCUCAAAGAGAAAGAACUAGGCCCAAUCUCCAUCCUGGCCCCCUUCUCAGCCCUCAUAAUAUCCAUAACGCUAGUGAUAUUCUUCCUAAUGCGCUUCUACAUUUUGGAAAACUUCCUCAUCCGCCGCGCCUACGGGUCAAUCUACACCGAAAUGAGCGAGCUCAACCGCCGCGGCUUCAUCAACCACCACAUCGCCGGUUUCACCAAAAUCAUCAUUUUCAUCGUGGCCGCAUACCCGUUCAUCUGCAUUACCUUCGGCAAAGCCACCUUCCAAACUGCCUAUGCCCCCGGCUCGGGAGUCACUCUGGGUGAUAUCCUCGUUGUUGUGGCGCAGAUGCUGAUCGCGAUGUAUAUCUUUGAGUUGAUCUACCGGGUUCAAUUGUCUCCUGUUGCUGUCAUGCAUCAUAUCGGGACCAUCCUUAUUGGGCAGACGGCUGUGGCUAUCAGUUUGAGAUCUGUCCGGGAACCGGAUGCCGAUAUUGAGUUCGUGCUUUGCACUGUCUGGGGUGCCUUCGAUAUCAUCUCCGAAUUCUUCCCUCACAUCGCUAUCAUCCUCUACCGCGUCUUUCCUAAACGCCACCAUUUCCUCAGUCGGGUCUUUCUCCUCUCCUGCUUUUCAACCGCUUUCGGGACACUCUCUGAGACUGUGGUGACCAUGUGGCUGUUUGGCUCAUUAUGGAGUCGGUGGAGACUCGCGUUCAAGGUUGUGACACCACUUCUGCAUAUUGCGUUUUCGGCUGCGCAGAUCCAUGGUAGUCUUGUCUUCUGGCGCAUGUAUCGAAGGCAACAGAGAUGCAUGAAGGAUCGGGCCAAUGAGCGGGAGGAAGAGCAGGUUCUUGAUGCGAAGUUGUUUGAGGCUGUGAAGCCCUGCGAUGGUAGGUUAUCAUGCUGGGAUAACGGGGUCGAAUAA